AUGCAAAGCCAAACCUAUGCACAGGGCACGCUGAUCUGGAUCAAGCACGAGGAGGAGGUCUGGAUCCAGGCGGAGAUCGUCACGGCCAACGAGAAGGAGAUCAUCGUGAAGACGGCAGAAGACCCGAAUAGCAGGAUCGUCUUGGGGCCUCACGAGCCCAUCUUCCUCAGGACUUCAGAUGUCUUCACUUCCGAGGGUUUGUCCGUGCUGGACGACCUGUGUCAGCUGACGCACCUGCACGAGCCGGCAGUACUCAGCUCCCUACAAAAUCGCUUCGACAUCGACAAGAUCUACACCUUCACGGGCCCCAUCCUCAUCGCGCUGAAUCCCUUCAAGGGCAUUCGCGGUCUCUACGAUGAGGAGGUCCUGAAAAGCUUCAUGACCACGAAGCCCUCCAGCAAGCCGCACGUCUUCAACACCUCCAACGCCACUUACCGCGGCAUCUGCGAUCGUCGCAAGAGCCAGACGGUGCUGAUCAGCGGGGAGUCUGGAGCUGGAAAGACGGAGACCACGAAGUUCGUCAUGAAGUUCCUGGCUAUGGCGGGGGCCGCGGACGGCGAAGUCACCAGUGUGGAGAAGCAAGUCUUGGAGUCGAAUCCCUUGCUCGAAGCCUUUGGCAACGCCCGUACCUUGAGGAAUGACAACUCCAGUCGCUUCGGAAAGUUCAUCGAGUUGCAGUUUCGAAGCUCUGGCCAAGAUGCAUCAGCUCUGGGCGUGGCUGGCGAAAACUGUCGCCUCUGUGGCGCCCGGAUCCAGACUUACCUCCUGGAGAAGGUGCGUGUCUGUGACCAACAAGAGGGGGAAAGGAAUUAUCACCUCUUCUACGAGGCCUGCGCAGCGGCUUCUUUGGCUGCUGGCGAUGGCUAUGCGUUCCCGCAGAGGCUGGCCAAAGAGAAGGUGAAGGAGGUGACUUUGAACCUCGAGGGCUUUGCGGAUCUGGCGAACUUCGCUUACCUGACGCGAUCUUCCUGCAAGACAUUGAAGGACGUGGACGACGUGGAGAUGUUCGAGAGGCGGAUCCAUGCCAUGCAGACGAUCGGGAUUCCGCACGAAGAAGUGACGCAGAUCCUGCGGAUGGUCGCCUCGGUGCUCCACUUGGGCAACGUGAAGUUUGAUGCUCCUCCGAACAACAGCGAAGGCAGCGAAGCGAGACAGAAUUGGGAAGAGAGAGAGGACGGGUACAGAGACUUCGUGCCGCAAUGUUCGUUGUCAAAGCAGCUACGGCAUGCGGGCCUUGCAUGA